CUUUGUUUUUUUGAUUCUUUCCCCCUUCGGCCCGGCCCCCAUUCAUUCAUUCAUGUCACCUAAAUUACCUGCUUCUUCGCCUCCCUCGCCUCACCCCUGAAGCUGCUGCUGCUGCUCAAGUUCCUUCCUUCAACGCAGUUGUUCCACUUCAUUGCUAUCUUGAAUCAAUAAAAAAAGUGUGGUGUUGAUAGAUUGUUGCUAUAUAAUUCUCUUGUCAUCAUGAAUCGCCCAAAUCUCAAUCAUCGGUGUGAAGAAGAUGACUCUGAGGCGACAAGUUGUGUAGCCUCGAACUUAUCCUGCAUCACCAAUUCGGUAAACCUCCCGUCAAUGGAUCCCUCUCCCGUUGCUCUUGACUUGACCCUCGGCUUCAUCAAUGGCGAUGAAGUAGCGACGGCCCCACAUCGUCCUCCGCAAGGGCACCAACUAUCACGGGUCUUCUCGUGUCACUUCUGCCGGCGCAAGUUUUACAGCUCCCAGGCUCUGGGAGGGCAUCAGAAUGCCCACAAGAGAGAGCGGUCUCUGGCGAAGAGGGCGAUGAGAAUGGGAAUGUUGACGGAUAGAUACACUUCUCUUCCCAUCCAUGGAUCCCCAUUUUGUUCCCUCGGGGUGGAAGCUCACAGUUCGAUGAUCCACCCGAGUUUUCCCCGCCACGUGAUGCCAAGUGGUAGUAGUACUAGUAGUCCUUUGACUCUUUCCCACGGUGGCGGGGUCGGGGGGGGUGGUGGUGGUGGUGGAGGAGGAAGAGGAGGAGCAAGGUUUGAGCAACAAUCAUACUUUAGCGUCCCAGUAUUAGUGGAGGACGAGGAUGCUGAGAUGAUCUGGCCCGGAAGCUUCCAUCAAGUCGAUGGUAUCCAUCCCGGGCGAGGCUCUAAUGUAAGUUUCGUCACAGUGCCUCUUCCUAAUCCUAGUACAGAAUCGACAUCUCCAAACCUCGAUUUGAAACUAUGAUAUCUUCUUCUUUCACGGCAUGUUCAUUUUUACAAUAUGAAAAUUUCUUAGCUCUUGUUUGGGAAUAUCGUUUUCAAUAAGCGUUAGCGUUUUGAAUAAUUUUUUUAAUGGUGCGGAUUAAUUUUGAAAAAGCCACCAUUACAUACCAUUUUCAAAACGCUAAUGCUAAAUACUAAAACGAUUACCAAACCGGCCCUUAGGUUAUCCACGGUUUGCUGUUUGCCUAUAGAGAUGUUCUUUAUUCCCAAGGAGUCCAAUAUAUAACAUGGUGAUAA